AUGAAGAUCUCGAAGUCAAAACAAACGAAUAAUAUUGAAAGUAAAGAGGCCUCGACCUCCCUAGCCACAGGUGCUCCAUCACCAAGCCUUGCAGCGGACAAAGAGCCAAAUAUCAAUGAGAUUCUUGGUUCUACCGAAGCGGAUACUCUUCUCAGGCACUAUGAUCGCAUCAUCUGCCCUCAUCAAAUAGCCCAGAGAGUGGAUGGCUCUAAAAACCCAUAUCGACUGUAUGUGCUUUCACUGGCAUAUGACCAGAUCGGGCUUCUGUAUGCUGUACUUGGGCUUUCGGCAUGUCAUCUUGGACAUUUGAAAUCCGACCGACAUCUCUAUGAAACAGUUGCCGUUGAUUACCGUGUCAGGGCGAUCACGGCGCUCGGAGCCUGUAUCAGAAAGGUGUGCUCUGGAGACUUCACCAGUAAUGAGCGUGAUGCGGCAUUUGCGACUAUUCAAGUGCUUCUUCUCCAUGACAUCUGUGAGUCUGGCAUCUCAACACACGGAGCUCAUAUAUCGGGCGCUAUGUCCAUUUGCUCCCAAUUAGAACUCCAUCAGCACCUUACUAUAAAAGAUGAGAGGACAGUAUUUUUCUUGGGAAAUCUUGUUUGGCUGGACAUCAUUCGAGCAUUUUCUUUGCCGGAGCGAAUUUGCUUCUCACAGGAGCUUCGCAAGAAACUUUUAUCAUUAUGCGACUUGAGAUUUGAAGCUGUCAACGGCUGCCCACGAGAAAUUGUUUUGGUCAUGGGUGAAAUACUGGAGAGCGCCAAAGCACAUUCCCUUGGUCGCCUAGAUCGACAAAGGCUUGAUAACACCGUGCGGGAACUGAUCCAAAAGCUUUAUGAUUGGGAUAUCUCGCGCUGCUUCUACCCUGAUGAUGACAGACUCUGGGUUUAUAUUGCGGAAGCAUUUCGGCAUACAUGUGUUCUGCGCGCUUGGCGUUUACUUGAUCCAUUCGAACCCUCCGCCGAACUGCACAUACAAAAGUCUGUCACCUCGAUAUUAGAUUCGCUAGCGAAUGUACCCGGGAGCAGUCCCCUCAUUGAACUCGCCGUCAUGCCUCUAUUCAUGGCUGGUGCCGAUAGCCUUUCACCGCAUUCGCGCCAUUACGUUGCAUUACGACUAGGAGAGAUCCAAGCACGAUCUCAAAUGGGAAUUCUAGCGCCUCAAACGUUACUUGAGAGAGUGUGGCAUGCUCGAGCGCAGCAGCCCGAAAAUGAUAAACGCAAUAUUCCUUGGAUGCUUUUCACUCAUAACUCCGAAUCCCCUCAUCAGGAUGAUUAUCUCAUAAUCUAA